AAGGUGGACGACCUGAUGAACUGGGCGCGGCGGGGUUCGAUCUGGCCCAUGACGUUCGGCCUCGCCUGCUGCGCCGUGGAGAUGAUGCACGCCGGCGCCGCCCGCUACGACUUCGACCGCUUCGGCGUCAUCUUCCGCCCCUCGCCGCGCCAGUCCGACUGCAUGAUCGUCGCCGGCACGCUCACCAACAAGAUGGCGCCCGCGCUCCGCAAGGUUUAUGACCAGAUGCCAGAGCCUCGGUGGGUGAUCUCGAUGGGCAGCUGCGCCAACGGCGGUGGAUACUACCACUACUCGUACUCCGUCGUGCGUGGGUGCGACCGGAUCGUUCCCGUGGACAUCUACGUCCCUGGGUGCCCGCCAACAGCUGAAGCUCUCCUGUAUGGCGUUCUCCAGUUGCAGAAGAAGAUCAACAGGCGCAAGGAUUUCCUUCACUGGUGGGAGAAGUGAAUUAGCACUUUGGACCAUCAGGUUCAUGAAGAUGCAGCUCUUCUAUGUAUCGUUGGAAUAAGCGAAGCAUGUGCUUCCUGGUCCGUGGUAAUUGGUAAGUAAGUAGCUUGUGUGUGCUGGGUGGGUUACUACCUUGCUUCACAGGCCAUGAAAAAGCUACGUACCGGUGGUUGAAUAGUUGAUGCACCCGAGUUUGUACUGGCAUAUUGUAUAUCUGUACAGUACAUGCUGGUGGUUGAACAGUAGAUGCUUAUGGAAUUGUAUGUAUUCUAUGCAAUUGUGAUAAUGUACGCUGUCGGUGUUGUGUGUAGCAAAUAUUCCCAAAAUAAGUGUCUGACAGAGGGAGUACGAGGGAAAGAUGUGGCUCUACAGGUCUUCCGAAUAUAAAUAGGCCGGAAGACAGCUGACUGAGAGUUGUGGCUCUUAGCUCUUCGAUCUUAACUUCAGUAGUUCGAUACUGCUUUGAAAAAGUGCCUUGGCUGACUUAUUUUGGCGAUUUAACCCCCUACAGGAUAGCAGAUAUCAUGUAGUAACAUGCAGUAUUAAUUUGAUCAGAAGCUCAUGCUAUAUAUCAUGAUGUGCUACCAAAGUUCAGAGUCCUGUCGAUAGUGUUAGAUGAGUGAGCAACUAACUUUACUAAGGGGCCAAAGGCCAAUACAUAUACAUGUGUGGCAAAGUGCAAGAAACUCCUUAUACAAUGAGGAUGUACCGAAACGGGACUAUACAUAUCUAACACCCCCCCUCAAACUUAUGGUGGAUCAACAACACUGAGUUUGGAGAGAAGAAAACUAUGCUGCGCGAGUCUGUGCCUUCGUAAAAAAGUCCGCCAACUAUAACUCAGAGGGCACAUAGUGGAGAGCAAGAAUCUGAUCCUGCACAGCAGCACAUACAAAGUGGGCAUCCAACCGAUGUGCUUGGUGAGCUCAUGCUUCACCGGGUCACGCUCAAUACUGAUAGCACCGGUACUGUCUGACAGUAAGAGAGUCGAGGAAGUAGCAGACACACCAAAAUCCUCAAGUAACCAUCGUAAUCAGAUCACCUUAGCCGUCAACAUAGCCAUGGCUCGCAACUCAGCCUCUGUACUCGAGCGAGAAACUACAGUCUGUUUCUUUGUCUUCCAGGCAAUAAGGGAGCCACCAAGAAAGAUACAGUAAGCAG